AUGAUGACUGUGGCACUGGUAGUGGAGCUGAUUUCAACCGUACUCUCGUUGCUUUGUCUACCAAUCAAUAUUAUGUUCGUCUAUGUCAUCUUGAAGGAGAAUCGAAAUCCGUACACUCCUUUUGCAUCAUCGUUCUUCCGACUCUGCAUACACCUCUCAGUGGCGGAUAUCUUGAUGUCUAUAUUCGCGACAAUAUUUUUCAAAUUUCCCAUAUUUGGCGUCUUUCCGGAGAGCUUCUAUGAAGAAAACUGGUCGGUGGUGCCAGUGGCAGGCGUGAAUUAUCUCGGUCAUUCACAAGCCAUCGGAAUCAUAUUUAUCGCAGUGAACAGAUUCACAGCUGUGUACUUCCCCAUGAGGCACAAACAGAAAUGGUGGAGGCCACCGGUCACGACAUUUUAUAUGAUUCCUCCAAUGGACAAUACCGUGUACUUUGUUGGACUAGCCAUACUCGACGGAAUUGUCGUCAAUGCCAUUGUAUCUGCAUUAUAUAUAGCAAUUUUUAUCAGGGUAAAAACUCAUGUUGUUGUUCGUCGACCAGGAGAAUUAGCCAUGCGUUUGGCACUUUCUGCUUUCAUCAUUUUCAUAUCCUACUGCACUCUUGGGAUCUUUUCCGUCCUUGCCGCAACUACACGUCCGGAAGAUGCUUGGAUGUACCGUACACUGUGGUUUGUUGUCAACGACGUUUUGUGCGCCAGCAACGCUCCUGUACUGCUGGCAUUGAACAAACCGAUACGAAACGUCUACAUGAAAAGGAUAGGACUGCAACACAGAGAAACUCAUACAAAGGGUUCCCUCAUCAAUCAUAUG